AUGUCCUCGCCCCAGCUUCGCAACGAUGAACAUCGAGUUGGAAAUGUCUAUGGCACCGUCGAGGUUGGCGGCCAGGCGCGGGUACAGCUCGGUAACAGCUACAAUCACACCACACAGAAUGUGUCAAUCCAAAUCAACAGCACGAUUAGCACUGUCUGGAAGCUGUACAAGAAAUGCAGAACCACACCAGAGAGUUAUUACAAUAUUUCGCAAGAACUGAACUCCCUCCACGCCUUCCUCAAAGAAUGUGAAGAAGUAUUUCCAGAAGAGUUACGCUCGAGCGACCGGUCCGCCAGGUUGACUAUCAUUCUCGUUGGGUGCACAGACAUCGCGGAGGAGCUCGGUGCAAUUGUUCAAAAGUAUGAAAGCCUUGGACUGCAGCAGAGGAGGACUUGGGACCGGCUACAGUGGCAUUCGAACGAGAUCAAUCAGAUUAGAGCUCGUAUUACCUCUCACGUAGGAAUGCUCACAGCUUUCAUGACCACCUCACAGCUCAAUGUAGCACGCAAGCUCGAAGCCUUACUUCUUGAAUUUCGACGCGGCAAUAUGGACGGGUCUGUAGUUUCAUCAGUGACGAUUGACUCCCUGAAUGGCGAUGAACGGGCACAAUGGCGAGCUGUUCGAAAAGAAUUCGAGGAACAUGGUAUCACACUUGAAAUGUUCACUUCUCAACGUAACUUCAUUUUCAAGUGGUUUGCGAAGGCUGUGACAGCUGGCCACUUCGACGAAGAGAGGCCUACUGAUCAGGAUACAGCUUUUCUCCAUGGCGACAAUGACAGCUCACUUGACAAUGUGCAGCACAAGCUAUCUCAGUCAGCAUUCACCAACAGUCCCCCCCAGGCUUCGCAGCAAUCGUUGACUCCCACACAUUUGUCGGAACAGCGUGACAGCAUACGUCCUCCGGAACCGAACAAUGUUCAAACCCACUCAGCACGCGAAGUCAAGACCCAUCUAGAACCGAGCGCAGAUCAAAAACAGGUUUCAGCCACACGAGUCCCUCCUCCCAAUCGUCGAGGUUCUGGUGCAAAGGUGUCCCGCUUUGCACUGACACUUGUCAAACUCCGGAGAGCUCUGGAGGCGGAGCGUGAUAGACAGCGCCAGAGAGCUCUGGAGCGUGAUAGACAGCUGUUCGAAGACUUAGUGAUGGGCUGA